AUUACCUUGUGGUUGAUGUUAGAGAUGAUGAUUACGAGGGAGGUAACAUACCAAACAGCAUUAACAAACCUUCUCACAAAAUAAAUGAUCAUAUUACCGCUCUUGUUUUCAAGCACAGUCAAGUACCUAGGAUAAUUUUCACAUGCGCUUUAUCUCAAGUUCGUGGUCCAAAAUGUGCAAGAAUAUAUAAAGAAAAUACAACGAACAAAGAUCAAAAGGUUCAAGUAUUACAAGGUGGAUUUAGCGAAUGGCAAAGAGAAUAUAAGGAUGAUCCUCAACUCGUCGAGAAUUAUGAUGCUGAACAUUGGGAAUACGAAGAUUAUUAG